AUAACCUAAGUUAACCUAAAAAAUGUCACAUUAAUAAAUAAAAAGACAAGUGAGAAAUUACAACAUUUAAUUAAAUUUGGUACACUAUUUAAUUAUGAUGGAUAGAUUACAACUGACUUUGGCUAUAUUAAAACCACACGUGGUUAAAAACCCAAUAUUCGUUCAACGAAUUAGAGACAUAAUUUUGAGUUCUGCCUUCAAAAUAGUGCGCUCUAAACGCUCACAAAUAACAUUAUCACAAGCUGAGGAAUUUUACGGUGAACACAAGAAAAGAUUCUUUUACAACCGCCUAAUAACUAUGAUAACAAGUGGACCUUCUGAUAUUUUAAUUAUGGCAAGACCAAAUGCAAUACAACACUGGAGAAAUUUAAUGGGACCAACACAAUUCUUUAGAGCUCAAUUUGAAGCACCUGAAAGUAUAAGGGCACAAUUUGGAUUAUCGGAUACUAGAAAUGCUACACAUGGCUCAGAUUCCCCAGAAUCAGCCAGAAGAGAAAUACGAUUGUUUUUCAAAGAUUUUGAUUACGAUGAUUGGUUUUUAAAGGAAGAAAUGCAUUUUAGGGAAGAGAAUGUACAUUUUUUGGCUGAUAUUUUUGUUCACAGAAUAAAUAAUGAUGAAGAAACACCUACUUAGUAAGAUUAUAAAUGGAGAAGACUUUAUUAUCAAAAUGUGUUACCAAAGUUAUAUUAUAUAUGAGUACCCACAUUGUUACCUAUUUAACAAUAUUUGGGUUUUUAAAUAAAAUACUAUUUAUGAAUCGA